GGUGCAUUUAAAGAAAAUAAAAUUGUAGUAUUAGGGUGGACAUUUAGGGAGUAAAAAUUCAACAGAGGAGGAAUGUUUUGUUGCAAAAUUUAGUUUAAAAUUUUAGACAUUAGUAUAAUAAAAUAAGAAAUAAUAUCUCAAAUUCAGAACUUAAUCAAUGAAAUGAUUAAUUCAUUGUCAAAUGAUUCAUAAAUUUAUAAAUUUUUAAUCACUAUAGAGAAAGAAUAAGAAGAAUACUAUCAUGGAUUUUCAGAAUUUUUUCAAGAUUAAAUAAAAAUGAAACAAAGUUUUAAAUGAAUUAUUAUUUUUAUAUAUAUAUAUUCUUUAUCAAUAAUGCAAGCGUAACCUAAAGGAUUUUCAUACGCUUUCAAACAAUAAAUCAUGAAGGCGUGGUAACCAGUUCCUACUUUAAAUUCAACAAUAAUACUAUUUGCCAUGAUGAGUCUAUUUUUUCUAAUAAUGGGUAUAGUUCUAAUAAGUUAUUCAAAUGACAUUGCAACCUAAGAGUUUUAAUAUGACUCAUAUUGUUUGGCUUAAAAAAGUGAAUGUGUGAUUUAAAUAGCACUUGAUAGCAAUUACAAGUCUCCAGUGUUCUUUUAUUACUAAUUAACUAACUUUUAUUAGAAUCACAGAAGAUAUGUUAAAUCUAAAUCUCCUUCACAAUUAUCAGGAACAGAUUUAAGUGAAAGUGAAUUGGAUGAAUGUGAUCCAGUUGUAACUAAUGAUGACAUGGGAAAAUCAUUAAGCAUUACAAAUGAACCAUUAAAGGGGGAUGAUAAAGCCAUACCAUGCGGAUUGAUUGCUAAAAGCUAUUUUAAUGACACUUUUGCUUUAUUCUAAGUUGUCAACAACACUAAAAAGGAAAUCUAAAUUUCAGGAACAGGAAUUGCUUGGCCAAGUGACUUAGAUGGAAGAUAUAAAAACAUAGACAAGAAUAGAUAGUGGAUAGAUAUGGAAGAUGAAAGAUUUAUGGUUUGGAUGAGAACUGCCGCAUUACCAUAAUUUAGAAAAUUGUGGGGGAAAAUAGAUUAAGAUUUAGAAGCUGGUAUAUACGAAGUUCGAAUUAAUAAUAUUUAUAAUGUUUCUUCCUUUAAUGGAAAAAAAUAUAUUGUUUUCUCAACCACUAAUGCUUUUGGGGGGAAAAAUGAAUUUUUAUCAAUCGCUUAUAUUUGUGUUGGAGUAGUGUGCUGCGUAGUGACUCUAGGGUUUCUAAUAAGAAAAUUUUUAUCCAAGGCUGAUCAAAAAAAAAAUAGAUGA